AUGAACAGCGUGACCUGGGCUAAGAACCCCGAGACGGGCAAACCAUUACUCUGUGCCGCAGGAGAGGCGCCGAAGCAGAUACACGUUUUCGACAUUGAAAUCAUCACCAAUGUACGGACGCUUGUGGGCCAUGGUGGUGCAAUCAACGACCUGUCAACGUCACCUACCAAUCCAAGCCUCAUUGUUUCAGCAUCGGCUGACUACACUGUACGCUUGUGGAGUCUUGAUCCGAAACACAAAGACCAACCAUGCCUUGCGAUAUUCGCAGGUGAAGGGCAUCGUCAAACAAUCCUGGCAUGCCACUUUCAUGCAAACGGCAGGUGGAUGCUCACAGCAGGUCUGGACACCGCCGUCUGUCUUUGGUAUGUGCCUGGUCUUGAGGAGUUGGAAACAGGGCGGGUUAUAGAUGGACACCCAGCGCCAAAGACCAUUUACUACCCGCACUUUCACUCGACGGAAGUGCACGCUAAUUAUGUCGAUUGCGUUGUCUUCUACGGCGACCUGAUAUUAUCACGCGCCGCCAAAGACCAAGGCCAUGGUAACGAGAUCUUGCUAUGGAAGAUCGAAGGGUUCGACUCAGAGCUCGAUCCACCAACCGAUCCACCUAUACCAGGCCCUGGAAUCUAUUCUCGCUCAUCAUUCCCACACGAGAAGGGAUCUCGUGGCUUUCAGCGCUUGCUCACCUUCGACAUGCCAUACACAACCCGCUUCUAUCUUCGCUUUGGCCUGCUGCAGCAACCUGAUAUGCGACCGAUACUGGCAAUGGGUAAUGAGCAGUCGAAGUUCCUAUUCUGGGAUCUACAAAAGCUAGAAGAGGGCUACGAUCCUAGUGAAGAGAAGAUGAAGAAAUCUCGCGGUCGAAAGUCAAGAGGUGGUGCUGCUAAUGCAGUCAACCAGACAAAUCUCAGUCGCAUGGGUGAGCUCAGGAAGAAUUCGGGUCCUGGGAGUGAUAUCAUGGGUGUAACACCCGAAGCAUCCUCGACCUCCGUCUCCGUGCCGCCAGAGCGCAAGUACGACCUCGGGGACUCCUUCAUGCCGCUGAAGGCGCAUCGAUCUAUCGUGGCCAAUACGGAUGUGGUGGGGAAUCACUUCGCUACCGCGCAGAUUGCCUGGAGUCCGGAUGGGGCAUGGAUGAUCGGUGUCGGCGACCAUGGGAUGAUGUGCAUGUUCCAUCGGGACAAGAGUGUGGUGUGA